CUACAUAUGUUUAAUGAAUUUGUUGUUUGUGUUGUUUCAGCCUUUCAGCGUCGUCGGCUUCAUAUUCAGCAUGAUGUUAGGCGAUACACGCGAAAUAGCUGGCGAAGGAAUGCCUUUUAUGUUCAGCUCUCCUGGCUCGUCCUUGAUUUUGCUUUGCGAGAUUUCGAGUCUGGAGUACCUUCUGCUGAGUUAACGAGCUUUCGUUCAAGGAGAGCAUGAUUCCAGGAAAUGAGUCUCGGAAUCAGUUCCCGUCAUCGGAGCCAACGCACUGGGUUUCCAAAGCACCCGCAGGCUCGGAGGAUGUAAUCACACUCACCAAAGCACAGUUACAAAAACUGCUCAGAGCAUUGGAAGCUCAAGAGCCAUCUGAUACAAUAGCAACUGCCUCAGUGCCAACCAUUACCAGCGCCCUUAACAAACUGCCCAUCUCAGGAGAUGACUGCUUGCCAAACUGGGUGAAACGCAACAGCACAGCUCUCCGCAGCACUCAGCACUCCAAUGAAUCAUCCCUCGCUGGUUUUCCUCAGCGGCUGUCAAAUUCACAUCCAGAGCUCGGAACAGGGUCCAGUCGUCCUUUCUCCAAGCUGGCUCAGAAGCAGCGGCAGUGGGAGAAAGAGAAAGCUGAAAUGCAGGAUUGGAAUCCUUGGGGGCGUCCAGGUGGGGGCGCACCCCGUUUCCAGCCAGUGGCAGCUGUACCACCACGCACUGACACCCAGGUUCUGAGAGUACAAGCGACCACAGCAGCGUCUUCCACCGGUGCCUAUCCAUCACGAGCACCUUCUCCACCAACUCUGCCGCACUUGCCACCAAAUGGAGGAGGGGUGAGCCCUACGUUUGUUCGCAGGGUGCCCCCCUACCUUCGGAGUCAACUGCCAUUCGGGGUAGGUGGGCUCUUAGGCAGUGGUUUUCGAACAUGUGGGCAGACAUUGCCCGACUACGAGAGAAUCGCUCAUGCAAGCCCCAAUCCGCAGCUUAUUUCUUGA